GUGGGCGGUGCUUGCAGCUCAGUGAGGUGGCCGUGCUUUUUCUGGUAGCACUGGGUGUGAGGAUGGACGCGCUGCGGGUUUCGGUUCUGCGGUGUUGGUGGCCGUUGCUCUGGCUGCUGGGGACGGUGCUGGUUCUGGCCCCUCGUGUUUCCGCGGUGGAGGUGUAUGCGCCAGAAGAGUUGUUCGUAGAGUUUGAUACGGAAGCCAGACUGCCGUGCACUUUCCGGUCGACGGAGGUGACCAGCUCCAUGACGUUCGUGCUGUGGCAAUACAAGCCUGAAUCCGGAGGCAGCGACUUUGCACGGAUUUUGUAUUACACAAGCGGGACAACCUUCUCCGAGGAAGAACAGUUCAAAGGUAGGAUCUCCUGGGCCGGCGACCUCAAUAAGAGAGACGCUUCCAUCAAGAUACAGAACAUGCAGUUCAAGGACAACGGGACCUACGAGUGCGCGGUCGUCAACCCACCUGACCUCAAGGGUUCACCGAAACGGAUAAAAGUGCGGGUUGUGGAGAAAGAAAAUCUUCCGGGGUCCAACGUUCCCCUUCUGGUUGGGAUCAUUUGUGGAGUCAUCGGCUUUCUUCUCCUGGUUGCCAUCCUAACGUUUACAAUCGUCAUCUGCAAGAAGAAAAGAUCAAGGAAGGCCUACAAGGGCAGCUGCAGCACCACCGAGAGCUUGAUGACCCCCGUCAAGCAGCCGCCACGCAAAUCUACCUCUGACCCGGAGGCUAUGGUUACCCCCAUACCCUCUGGAGCCCUUCAGGGGCCAGUGAUAUACGCCCAACUGGAUCACUCCGGGACGACAAGCAACCAGAUCAAGAAAUCUGAAACGGUUGUGUAUUCGGACAUCCGACGGAUCUGCUGAGUUCCCCGACUCCAGAAGUCUGACCUAUGGCGAGAGAAAAAAAAAUCUAACUUUAAAUAUAUAUGGAACUGGAAUCGCUUGAAGCGAAUGUCCCCCAUCCCCCAGCCACGUGUAGCCUUUAUACUCAGGACCAAUGCAUGUGAUUGCCGAAGUCUGUAUCGUAAAGCGAGAUGCGUCGUGGAGUGUGAACGGGGGGGCUGGCCGCACCAGGCAAAAGGUCGUGGGUUCCUGAGGCGCCUCCAACCAUAAAACGUUUAAAUGUCUGCUUCGGAAGAAAAUCAUCACAGAAGCCUCUUCUAAUUGACUGGGUCCGGCGGGCAGCCCCUAUCGGAACAAAUUGCUGACUUUCACCCCAAAUACUGCCUGUUUUUUUUGGGGGGGGGUCGUCUUUUAAUUCGCUUGAAUUGCUACAAAAUACUAUGGGAUCAAAAUUAAC